UCACUCUCACCUUUCUCAUCGCCAAGUGAAAAAAUUCUUCCCUUACCGACGAAGAAGCGUACCGUUUUGCAGAUCUAGGUUUUCUCCAUGGCUCUCGAAUGGGUUGUGCUCGGCUACGCCGCGGCCGCAGAAGCAAUCAUGGUGCUCCUCCUCACCCUCCCCGGCCUCGAUGGCCUACGCAGAGGCCUCGUCGCGGUGACACGUAAUCUCCUGAAGCCGUUUCUCUCGGUGGUCCCGUUUUGUCUGUUUCUGCUGAUGGAUAUCUACUGGAAAUACGAGACGCGCCCGAAGUGCGAGGGGGAUUCGUGUACCCCGACAGAGCACUUGCGCCACCAGAAGUCGAUCAUGAAGAGUCAGCGCAACGCGCUCUUGAUCGCGUCGGCUUUGGUUUUCUAUUGGCUGCUCUAUUCGGUCACGCAUCUCGUGGUGAAGAUCGAUCAGUUGAACCAGAGGAUCGAGAGGCUCAAAAACAAGGAUUGAUUGAGUCAUUGAGGUUGUUUUUGAUCUCUGUUUGUUUGAAUGUUAUUUUGAGGGUUUCAGAUAUGCUCACUGAUUUUAUUUUCAUUUAAUGCAUGGUGUUUUAUCUCUGUUAUUUUUAGUGUUGCAACUUUGUUUCUAGAACUUCUUUCGGAGCUGGUUGCUUUUCAAGUUUGGUAACUGAAGCUUAAGUAAACAUUAAAUUGGGUUAUUCGAGGUGCGAUUCUUAUAGU